AUGGCGAUCUUUGCUAUUAUUCUCGUACUCCAUUAUCGUUAUGCAAAUGCCAAGUUGAGACAAUAUCAAAGAAGAUGCUAUUAUUCUCCUCACAUUCCCAUUCCUGGUAUCGAAGAGAUUGCUUCUGGAAUAAAUGUCGAACAGCAGUUCCCGAAAUUCAAGGGCAGGGUGAUCAAACGCGGUGAUGCUGACUACGAGGCUCAAUGCUAUCAGUAUGCAUCGAGCUCGUACUUGGAGGAGGACAUCAUUCGACUGGCGGCUAUUAUAAAGGCAGCAGACGACAGCGACGUGAUCAAAGCCAUCAAGUACGCGAGCGACAACAAAAUCGCUGUGGCCGUGCGCACAGGAGAAUUGCACGUCGGUGACGUUCGGUGUCAGCUUCUCGGUGGGCAAGUUCAAUGCCAAGCUCAGGGAAAAAAAUCGAUUUGUGUGCCAUCCAAACUGGAGGAUACAGUCAGUUGGCCAGAAGUUUCGGGCUCCUCUCGGAUCAUGUCAAAAAAUUCCGCAUUAUUACCGCCGACGAACGAGGAUUUGUUUUUCGCCGUGUUGGGUGGGAGUCCUGGAAAUUUUGGGGUGCUUACCCACGCCACGCUGCACGUCUUCAGAGACCAAGACAACCCAAAUUCUCACGGUUUCAGAGCCGCAUACCCAUACGACCGCCUACGUCUCAAGGCCUUGUUGGAUGUCAUGGUGGAAAUGGCCGAAGUUGAAAAUUUCCCGGCCGAUUACGACUAUUGUAUAUCGGUGUUGACGAGCUAUAUGCAAAGAGGGUCAGCCACAGGUAGCUUGGCCCGCGAUGAUCGUCGUUUUCGCGCAGUGGACCAAUCUGCAAGGAGAUCAGCAAAUCUACAACCCGAACUUCAUCGACAAAAUUCGACAGGUCGUCGGCGAAGGGAAAGUCCAAGUCAGCGACAAAGACACACCAAUGUCUAUGUUGACCGGCCACUGGAUUGUUCCAAUCACACGGGAGUUCGAACUUCCGUACAUACUCGUCCAAUUCCAGUUCCCAGAGGCUCAAGGAUCUCAGGUGGACGGAUUGGGUUUCCGGUCGAAUCGAAGAAGGAUGCAAUACAAUUCCCGCAUUUUGGUGGCUCCAACUCGCGAUUUUGUCAAAACGGAAAAAACAGUCCCACGUCGUUCAGUUGGCGAGACACGCGCCUUGGCUGCACGAUGGAUGCAUUUUACCAUAGCUACCAACACGAACAGGCGACAAAGUGGCAGCAAGAAAACGAUGAGGGGGUUGGAAAGCCGGAGGCCACAUUUUGCGAACAUGACCGUCGCGUUUUGUGGGGCUCGCACGACUUUGACUUGAGUGACGCUCAGCAGUAUUAUUACGACCAACACCCAGAAGGAAAGUACGAAAGACUGUGCAAAAUUCCGGAGGGGAACGUGCCCGCGGAUUUCAAGGAUGGAAUGCAGCCUAGAAUCAAGCUCGCUGGUUCGGAGAUCGCAAAGGAAGAAGUCGCCGUUAUGGAACUUGAGGAGGAGCCUCAACUGAGCACGGAAGCCAAAUUUUGGAAAAUGGCGUCGAUGGAGAGCGUGGUCGGCAAGCCUGUUCCUCUGUGGGAUAUCUGGCGCGCUUAA